AUGCGGACUGCCAUUGUCUUUCUCUGGCUCUUGGCCUUCUUUUCCGGCAAUGCCUUCGCCCAGGUGGUCGGAGGCUCCGCUCUGGCGCACUGUUUUGAGGCCAUAUAUCUCUACUAUGGCUACCUGGCCGACAUAGCUAUCAACGGAGACGAGCGGACCCUAGGCAGACAGUGCACUCCCCUUACAGGCACUGUUUGCACCGUAUGGGAGUUCAUCAAAAGCAUUGAGACCCCAUUUGACGCGGCAUCUCUUGGGGACGGAGGGGGCAUUGGCGACACCACUCGCCCUGAUGACCUGUUAGAGCUCGCCGAAGCCAUGUACGACAAUGGCUUCGAUCGAUACAAUUCUGAGACCAUGUUUGGCGAAUAUGUCAAACACACUCUGGUGCUUGAGAAAGCCACCAAUAUUCUCAUUGCCGCACGUGAUAACCAUCCAGAGGUACUUCAGGGGGCGCUUCUCGCAAAAGCUAAAACGGCACUCGCGUCGGCUCAUGCUGAGCGUGAGCAGGAUAUGCUAGCGGACAAGAAGAGCUUUGUACGCGACUCGUUUUCCGGCGCAAGAAUCAUAGAGAAAACGGUGAGCUUGGAAGCGGCAUUGCUCAACUAUCAGGACAUCGAUUGGUUGGCAAGCGCCGAGGCCACUGCUGCGGCUACCAACACCAACGUUCAGGAUAGGUUGGAUGGCUUCGAGGAGAUGGGGCGAAACCUGGCCACCGAUCAGUAUGAUCCCGAAAAGCUGCAAAUCCAUGUGAAGAUCGCGCAAUCGAUCCGCACUCAGUCCGACGCCCUGGGCAGCUUAGCUACCUGUAAGGCCCUGGGAUGA